AGUGCUAACAAGUUAGUUCCUGCUACAGCAGCGGCUGAUUGUUAGCAUGAAGCGGGCUAGCGGGUUGAUUAGCUAGUUAUCGGAGCCGCCGCUGUUUCUCUGAGAUGAGCAGGAGUUAGAUGGUGGUUCGGGCUCUGCUUAGCGCUUAGCUGUGUUUCUGCGCGGUGGACAGACUGUGAACAUGGCUCUCCGGGGCGGCUCUCGGCGGAGCGGGGCGGGCCGGCUCUGCGGGCUGCUGGCCCUGGUCCUGCUGAUCUCCGCCGGAGCCUCAGCGAUUCAGGAGGAGAAGAGAGUGAACGAGGAUCCGCAGCAGCAUGUGGAGAAAGCUGCUACUGGCCAGCCUGCAGGUCCAGCAGUCAGUCAAGAUGAGACCAGUAAAGCCAACCUGGGCUUUAUCCAUGCCUUUGUGGCAGCCAUUUCAGUCAUUAUUGUUUCUGAGCUGGGAGACAAAACUUUCUUUAUCGCAGCAAUCAUGGCCAUGCGCUACAACCGGCUCACUGUCUUGGCUGGAGCUAUGCUGGCUCUGGGUCUCAUGACGUGCCUGUCAGUGCUGUUUGGUUAUGCCACCACUAUUAUCCCACGGAUUUAUACCUACUACAUCUCUACGGCACUGUUUGCCAUCUUCGGAGUGAGGAUGCUGAGAGAAGGAUUGAGAAUGAGUGCUGAUGAAGGUCAAGAGGAGCUUGAAGAAGUGCAGGCUGAGAUUAAGAAGAAAGAUGAGGAGCUCCAACGCUAUAAGCUGGCUAAUGGGGCUCCGGAUGUGGAGACAGGAGCAGCAGUGACCAUGUUGCCUCAGAGAAAGUGGCACAGUGUGAUCUCGCCCAUCUUCAUCCAAGCACUCACACUCACCUUCCUCGCGGAGUGGGGGGACCGCUCUCAGCUCGCUACUAUUGUUCUCGCUGCACGGGAGGAUCCAUUUGGAGUGGCAGUGGGUGGAACUCUGGGACAUUGCCUAUGCACAGGUCUGGCUGUGGUUGGUGGGAGGAUGGUAGCUCAGAAGAUAUCAGUCAGGACAGUUACCAUCAUUGGUGGGAUCGUAUUCCUUGCCUUUGCUUUUUCUGCCCUAUUCAUCAAGCCAGACGCUGGAUUCUAACUGAGGAAGAGACUUUCUGGUGUUGUUCUGUAAAUACCAGCUCAACCGUGCUCUAUUCACGAAGAGGGACUGUAUACAGAGGAUGUAUGUGAAUGAUGAGUGUGUGAGAAUGUUUGUGUGAAUGCAGUGUUAUUGCUCAUGUCUUAAAGACCCUGUCACGGAAGCUGCAUUGCUUUUAUAUGAAUCUUUUUGUUUGUAUUUUUUUUUUUUUUUUUUUUUAAAGAUCAUUUAUUGACCUCUAGGGAACCAGUGUGUUCAGCUGUAUGUUUUCAGCGACUGCAGGUUGACCUUUUGUCAACUUCCGUGACAGGUGACCUUUAAUGAUCAUCUUUUUGUUUGUUUGUUUGUUUUUUUCCUCUUUCCCUACGGUGACUCUGCUUUGUAGGUCGCUCAAAUUUCCAAUCAGUGUACUUGAACUUGAGCUGGGUAGUUACUGAGAACAGUGCAUUGUAGAUGCAUUUAGUUAUCAAAUGUAGUUUACUUGCUGUGAUGCUGCCUAGUUCUGAAUAUCUGAUCGUGUAAUGCAUUUGCCCUCACUGGUGGUGUUCUACACUCAUGGGACACAGUGAUUUACUGAACUGCCAUGUGUUUUACUGUCAGUUCAUCACACAGGGCUUAGUUCAGUGUUCUUUGGUCAUUGCACAACUACACAUCUAGAAAGAGCAGCCAAGACCACCUCCAUCUCAACCCCCACUCUGACCUGGGACCGCAUUCAUUCAGCAGCCAGGAGUGAAAUUUAAUAAACCCAAUUUUACAUUUAAUCAAAAAUGAGCUGAUCUUCUAAAAGACCUAAACUGCCAUGAACGUCAGCAGUUGGCCCAGGGAAGGUAAUUUCACUGCAAGUCAACCCUGAGAACUGUUUCUAUUUAUUAUUCUUUUUUUGUGCACUUUUUCUGUUUGAUCGUUUUUCUUUCUCUUUUUUUUUUUUUCUUUUUUUCUUUUAAGUAGUGCUGUAGUCCUGUCAGGGAAGACACUGACUGCUGGUUUUUGUUCUUUUUCAAGGUGACUUGACUUCAUUGUCAAUAUUUGACAGGACUUGUCCAGGACAAGUGAAUUCACUAUUUAGUGGUGUGGCUGAUUGUGAUUAUACAAGAGCAGAAUCCUGUAAAUACUGAAUUAAAACCUGUCAGUCAA